AUCACACAGCCAGUAACUGGUGUUUGAGAGAGACGUCAUAUCAGCAGCCAAUAUUUUGAGCCAGGGAACCUGAUGAAGGAUGUGCGCAUCUAGAUGGCCAAUCACGCUUCUGCUGUUUUGCCUGAUGGACUCAGCUACCUCAUCCCCUGUUUCCAUUUACACACCUGCUUCAUCUCUUCCAUCGCAAAUUUCACCUCCCUUUCCAACAAUCCUCCCAUCUCUACCUUCUCGUUCUCUCAGCAUCCCACCCCCCAUCACUCCCCUCAUCAGCAACUCCCCUCAAGAGUCAACAGAAAAAGUCAGCUGCCCUCUGACGGUGUCACCCUCCACUCUGGUGGCCAGGUUUGGAGAUCCAGUCACAGCUAACUGCUCUAUACACAGGAGGGGUUUUCCUCUUAUUGGUUGGGAAGUCUCACUGGCAUCUCCAAAAGCCACUACAGAUUGUUUUCUGGUCUGGAGAGUGGACAGCAUGACUAUGUGGAGCAUGAAGCCUAUGUGUUAUGCACUGUCUGAACAGGGAGGGCAGUGCCACAUUCAUCUCCCUCUAAUAGUCUACAAGCCUCCAGGAAAUGUGUCCAUCAGCUUUGUUAAUCACACUGGUCCGAUGUUGGAGGGUCACCAGUACACUCUGCAGUGUGCAGUACAGGAUGUUGCUCCUGUUGAAAACCUCAUUGUGACCUUCUACAGAGGACAGACAGCUCUGGGUCAGCUGCAGUCCAGCAACACAAUGAAGGAACCAGUGAAUGAGAGCUUCACUUUAAACAUCACCCCCAGUAAAGAAGAUGAUGGAGUCCAGUACUGGUGUGAAGCAGCGCUAAUACUGGGACCUGAAGGACCACAGCAUCCUCCAGUUGUGAUGUCACAAAAACUCCCUGCUAAGGUCCACUUUGGUCCACAGCUUGUUUGUCCUACAAAACUAAAGGUGAGAGAGGGAGAGAGCCUCAGUUGUGAGGUGAGAGGAAACCCUCAACCAUUAGUCACUUGGCUCAGAGAUGGGCAGGUGGUUGACCUGCCCACUCACUCAAGCAGACAGCAUGCUGGGAAAUACACAGUCUUGGCAAAAGGACUUCUUGGACAGAAAAACUUUACAGUGGAGGUGGAGGUCCUUGCUGGCAGUGGAACCGCAAACAGCUGUAAUAGACAAUUUCUCUUGGCUGUCUUGCUUAUUGAGAUGAUUAACUGGCUGUAAAACCUCCUGAAAGAACCCAACAUGAUCUGAUUCUUCUUUCCAUGCUGUCUGGAUGAACUGUUCCUGCUGUGAGAAAUGUUUGUCAGGGAAGACUCGUUGAUUUGUGUCUCUCCUUGUUUGUUCAAAUGGAUCAGUUUUGCAUUAGUGUUUUUUUUUCCAAACAAACAAUGGGGUCUCACUGGAAGCAAAUAAAGUUCUCUUUUUGA